GCCCCCGUCACUCGCUCGCCCCGCCCACCAUGGAUAUGCCCUCGUCCGACAAUGGCUCUUCGUCCUCCAUGGACAUGGACAUCCAGAUGCUGCCAUAUCUGCACUUCCAGGGCGGCGACUUCCUGCUUUUCAAGGCGUGGGUUCCCCGGUCGUCAGGCGCGAUUGCUGGCGCUUGUAUCGGGCUCGUAGUGUUUGCGAUUAUGGAACGCCUUGUAACGGCGUGGAGGUCACGACUAGAGGACUCAUGGGCUGCUCGAACACAUCAUCUAUUGAAUCAUGUCGCCUCGUCCAGCGAGAUAUCGACUGAUGAGGACGAGAAGGGCAAAAUGCCGGAGACAUCGACCACGACGACGCCUGCACCAUCGCCUCAAUUCAUCCCCCCGUUCGUUCUCAGCCAUGACUUGUCGCGCGGAGCCAUGUUCGCACUGCAAGCGCUCAUGAGCUAUGUGCUCAUGUUGGCGGUCAUGACGUUCAACGCUGCCUAUCUCAUCUCCAUCUUGGCUGGUUUAGGUAUCGGGGAAGCCAUCUUCGGGCGAUGGAAAGGAGUAGGCGCGCAUGCCUCUGUACAUUGACCGUCUUGCUCUCUUGCUAUGUUUUUGUACUUGUACGAUGUGGAUGGGACACCAACUAUCAUGGAAGAAAUCA